GUACAAUAGAUUUUAUACAUAAUGUAGAUAGCAUUUAAAAGUAUUCCAUAAUUUUAAUAUGGACAAAAUCGAAAAUAGACUUUCUUCACUCAAAGCUCUGAGUUCUAGGAAACCUUUAGGAUCUAGACCAACAUAUCUAUACAAAAACGUGUUAUCAAAAGUAUACGUAGAAGAAAGAAGGAAUUCUAUCGGAGGUCAUACAUUUAAACGCAUAAACGAGUUGAUAACUGCAAAACAUAGUGGAUUCACACCAUCAAAUUUAUUAUUUGUCUUAAAAUCAUUAGAGAAAAAUGUUUAUUGCGACAAGACACUUACUUUUAAUAUCUACAAGGUGAUUUUGGAGAAAAUAAUUUACUUUUCCCCGAGUCAAAUUAUAGAAUUACUCGACUGUAUUGAUAAUUGGCUCAUAUUUUCCUUUUUAGGUGCAGAAAAUAUGGAUUUCAGGAAAAUACAAAAGGGAGCAGUAAUAGAUGUAGCAAUCGAUACAAAUCGUUACAGCGAUAAUACUACAAUUGAUGUUAUGGGAAACUCACGUUUAGUGGAAAUCGGUGCAUUUCAAUCAGAAAUUAUAUCUAAAAUCAUAGACUUCUACACCAACAAACAGAAAAUAUCUAUGGCAGAUAUCAAAGACAAGAACUAUCUUAUUAUACAAGGAAAAUGUCUAAAAACUAUGCUAAAGUUGGAUUCUAUGGAAAAAAUUAACUGGAAGGAUUCAUUACUCCUAUCAAACAACACAUUGAACACGCUAUUAGCUCUGAUACAUAAAUCUCAAGAUGAAAUUUCCAUAACUAAUGAGACAUUUUUGACAGAAAUGGUGAAUUAUAUCAAUAUUUUAAUUGACGUUCUAUCACUAAAAAGUAUUGAAGAAACUCUAAAUCUGUUAACAUUCAUUUCUAAUGAUUUUCCUCUUGAGGAGACCUUUAAUUCGGAGCUUUUGUUAACGAAUGAAAUUUUAAUUUCUAUGAGUUAUAACUUGAAAAAAUUGUAUUUGACUGGUGAUAUCCAAACAUUAAAUUUCGUUGUAAAUCACACUCUUAAAACUAUUAAAAAAUGCAGAUCGAUAAAUUUAUAUUUCUCACGCAAAAAUUUAACUCUAAUCAGUGAAAUGGUGUCAUUGUAUAAUGAAUUGUCAAAUAUAGUUUGCACACUAAUAUCCAGCUGUCCAUUUGAAAGAUUAAUUUGUCUUUAUGGUUCAAUACUAAGAUUGAACUUUAAAAUUGUUCAUGUCGGACGUUAUUUGUCAGGAAUUUCUAAAGUAUGUUCGAAUUCUAACGACGAAGUUAAUAAUAAGGUCAUGGAAGCUUCUAUUCAAUUUAUAAGGUAUUUUGGAAUCGUAUAA